AUGUAUAUGAUAAGAGAUAUAACUAAUAUGUAUUGUCAUCUAAUGAAGCUCAAAAAGAGAGUAGAAAAAGAAGUAAAAACCACAACAAAAUUGUAUUCAUAUGUAGUAGAAAUUAAAAACGUUACAGAAAAGAUUAAUCAGAAGAUGAAGGAAACAUGUGGGCAAAAAUGGUGUAGACAACGAAGAAACACUGAAGUUGUAUGCAACUUUAUUGCAUUUCUUACAGGAUUGGAUUAUGGUGUUGUUAUUUCCACUUUGGUUCUUUACCUAAAAGAUUUAGUGCAAGUUGAUAAUCCAAAUCUGUACUACGCUAUUGUAAUAGGGACUUUCUCUCUGAGCUCCAUAUUAGUUGGAACUAUUGGCGGUCAUAUUGUUGAUCAAACCAGAAAUUUGAAGAUGUUUACAAAUUUAGUUUUAUUGUUAAUGCUAAUUGGUAAUCUUUUAUAUGUCAUAUAUCUCCAUCCAGCGUUUUUAAUUAUUGGAAGAUUUCUCGCUGGUUUUGGAGAUUCAUUUUUUAGUGGUUCUGCUGGCGAGUUGGUUCGCUUGCAUAACCGGAAAGAUGCAACGAAGGCAAUUUGGAUUAUUUCUGCAGCAUUUGCCAUUGGAUUUAUCAGCGGCCCGGCUUUUGCAGUAAUAUUUAAAGGAAUUAAUUUCAAAAUUGGAUCAUUGGUUGUUAAUUACUUAAACUUUGUCGGAGUAUUCAUUGCUGGUUUAUCGUUCAUUCUAAUCUUCAGUUCAAACAUACUAUUGCCUGAUGAGCCGCUAGAUUUAAAUUUUGUCGAAAAAACAGAACCAGAAGAUGAUCAAAAUGACUCGAGCUAUCAUAAAGGUGAAAAUAGCAAGCCUGCGAGAAUAGAAAUGGAAAAUCUUAAUGUUGUAAAAACCUUAGCAACCAAACAAGUGAUUUCUCUUUUACUAACAGACAAGGACGUUUUGCUUAUAUACAUUACAUCGCUUAUUUCCAUGUACAGUAAUUUUGGCUUGGAUAUUGUUUUACCAUUAAUAGUGUAUGAGUUACUGGAAUGGAGUCAACUUGCAUUGACAGUAAUACUAAUUAUCAGUUCACUUACGUUCUUUGCCAUGCUGUGCGUAUUUUCAAAAUUCUGCACAACAGAUCGAAGGGAAUAUCAUGCUUUUUUAAUUUGCACGUGUUGUUCUUUAAUCUGUUUGGUUGUUAUAUUAGAGUUUAAUGUGCUAACACGGAGUUUUAGAAGAGAUGUUUUGCUGAUAACUGUAUUUGUCAUCUGCUACUCUGUUGUUUGGUUCCCUGAGCAGGUAUUUAUGAAAAGCAUCAUAGCUAAGAUAGUUCCUCCAAGUAUCCAAAGCUUUACCCAAGGUUCAAGGUCCGCAAUAUCAAGGUUUUCUGGUAUAAUUUCUGCGAUUACGACACCGUUGCUGAUGCCAUGGAUUCACAUUUGGGCUUUUGUUCUAAUUAUUAUGGUUACAUGUAACUUGGUUUGUUUAGUAAUCAGAGGAAAGUCAUUGACAAACAUUAAGGUUAUUUCACGAAAAAAGUGA